AUGAUACUUAAGUGCCUCACCAUGGCACCCCGCCCAGGUAGCUUACAUCUCGGCCUACCUGCCGGAGAUUCCAUACUACGUUCCUGCCGUGCUAGGAUACUGUCGGUGUAUCCUCCGGUGGCAGGUUGGUACAGGAGGGUAUCCUCUGGUGGCAAGGUGGUACAGGAGGGUACCCUCCGGUGGCAAGGUGGUACAGGAGGGUAUCCUCCGAUGGCAGGGUGGUACAGGAGGGUACCCUCCGGUGGCAAGGUGAUACAGGAGGGUACCCUCCGGUGGCAAGGUGGUACAGGAGGGUACCCUCCGGUGGCAGGGUGGUACUGGAGGGUACCCUCCGGUGGCAGGGUGGUACAGGAGGGUACCCUCCAGUGGCAAGGUGGUACUGGAGGGUACCCUCCGGUGGCAGGGUGGUACAGGAGGGUACCCUCCGGUGGCAAGGUGGUACAGGAGGGUACCCUCCGAUGGCAGGGUGGUACAGGAGGGUACCCUCCGGUGGCAAGGUGGUACAGGAGGGUACUCUCCGGUGGCAGGGUGGUACAGGAGGGUACCCUCCGGAGGCAAGGUGGUACAUGUACAGGAGGAUACUCUCCGGUGGCAGAGUGGUACAAGAGGGUACUCUCUGGUGGCAGGGUGGUACAGGAGGGGUAUGCCCGGAAGCAGAAGCCCGGUACAGGAGGGUACUCUCCGGUGGCAGGGUGGUACAGGAGGGUACUCUCCGGUGGCAGGGUGGUACAGGAGGGUACUCUCGGGUGGCAAGGUGGUACAGGAGGGUAUCCUCCAGUGGCAAGGUGGUACAGGAGGGUACUCUCCAGUGGCAAGGUGGUACAGGAGGGUACCCUCCGGUGGCAGGGUGGUACAGGAGGGUAUCCUCCGGUGGCAGGGUGGUACAGGAGGGUACUCUCCAGUGGCAAGGUGGUACAGGAGGGUACUCUCCGGUGGCAAGGUGGUACAGGAGGGUACCCUCCGGUGGCAGGGUGGUACAGGAGGGUAUCCUCCGGUGGCAGGAUGGUACAGGAGGGUACCCUCCGGUGGCAGGGUGGUACAGGAGGGUACCCUCCAGUGGCAAGGUGGUACAGGAGGGUACCCUCCGGUGGCAGGGUGGUACAGGAGGGUAUCCUUCGGUGGCAGGGUGGUACAGGAGGGUACCCUCCAGUGGCAGGGUGGUACAGGAGGGUAUCCUCCGGUGGCAGGGUGGUACAGGAGGGUACCCUCCGGUGGCAAGGUGGUACAGGAGGGUACCCUCCGGUGGCAAGGUGGUACAGGAGGGUACCCUCCAGUGGCAGGGUGGUACAGGAGGGUAUCCUCCGGUGGCAGGGUGGUACAGGAGGGUACCCUCCGGUGGCAAGGUGGUACAGGAGGGUACCCUCCGGUGGCAAGGUGGUACAGGAGGGUACCCUCCGGUGGCAAGGUGGUACAGGAGGGUAUCCUCCGGUGGCAGGGUGGUACAGGAGGGUACCCUCCGGUGGCAAGGUGGUUCAGGAGUAG